UCGCAGAAGCAGAUGUUAUUUGAAUUACUUAUUGCCCGGUAUAGAUGGAUAGAUAGAUCUAUUGCAUUGGCUAUCUAUCGCAUUGGUCUAUUGCUGAUUUUGUUACCUCAAUUAGUUCUUGUGUAUUAUCACCUUUUGUUCUUUUUUGGCUUUUCGUUAACGGGAUUUGGUUCUUGAAGUAAGCCGUUCGCCGUUCUAGUGUUUAAAGUUCCAAGCUUUGGAGGGAUUGAGAUUGCUGCUGCAACUGGGUGUCUGCCAUUGAAGAAGCAGAGUAUUGGGUCCUAUGAGUUUCAGAGUUUCACCCAAAACUUGGUAUCGAAAAAGGUUGACUCUUUGAGGAGCCCAAGAAGGGUUGAAAUAAAAUAAUGUAUGGGUUUGUUUUUGUUUGUUCAAUAAUGCCCGCAGAGUUAAAGAAUAUAGAUAUUGGAGAUUCACAAUCUCCUCUGCAACUGUGAAAUUAUGAGAUUAGGGAGCUCACGUGAAUUCUAAAUUCUACGCUGUGCCUGUCUGUGUCUUCUCUCCACUUGAUGAGGGUGGGAGUGAGAGUCUUCCAUUGAUGAACUAUCUUUCUCCUCAAAUGCUCUGUUUUCUACGUCUGGGUUUCUUAAACUGAGUAGUAACUCUUCAAGAUGCUGAAAAUGAGUCUGUGUCAGAGGCUAUUGUCUGUCAAUGUUUGUUAUAUAUACAGUCAUUUUAGAUGGCAAGAAUAGAUCUAAAAGGUUUGGUUGAGUGAUUUGAACUGUUUUGGCAUUCUUGAUUUGGAAACAAAUGUCAUAUACACUGUUUUUGGAAAUUUACAGCGAAACAAAUCAAUGACUCAAUCAAUCAUGGGCUUUAUUUGAGCACAAGUCCGUGAUUUAAGAGAUUCAAGAUUGUCAUUCUUCUGUUUCCAAAUUAAAGAUUUUCAAGAUUGAGAGUCAAGGCUCUUUGAUGGAACCUCUGGUUUCAAGGUACAAUCUUCUUCUCUUGUUGUUGUCACUCUUUGUGCUCUCUCUUCAACCUACUCUGGUUAGAUCAGGCGAUGCCGAUGUUUUACUGAGCUUGAAAUCCUCAAUUGAUCCUUUCAAUUCACUGCAAUGGAGAAGAGGCACCGAUUUCUGCAACUGGGACGGUGUGAAGGAAUGCAUGAAUGGAAGAGUCACAAAGCUUGUGUUGGAGUAUUUGAACUUGACGGGUCAUCUCGACCCGAAAAUCCUGAACCGGUUUGACCAACUUCGGGUUUUGAGUUUCAAAUCGAACUCCAUUUCUGGCCCAAUCCCAGACCUCUCCGGCCUAAUCAAUCUCAAAUCGCUCUUCCUCAGCAACAACAACUUCUCUGGUGAUUUCCCAGAAUCAAUUACUGGACUCCACCGCCUGAAAGUCAUAGUCUUGGCCGCGAACCGACUCUCCGGCGACAUUCCGCCGUCGCUACUCAAGCUCAAUAGACUGUACGUUCUCUACUUGCAAGACAACAGAUUCACCGGCACAAUCCCUCCAUUGAACCAAACGAGUCUCAGGUUCUUCAAUGUGUCGAACAACCAACUCUCCGGUCAGAUCCCGGCAACCCCUGCUUUGAUUCGGUACAAUGCGUCGUCGUUUUCCGGGAAUCUCGACUUGUGCGGCGAACAGGUCCACAACCAAUGUGCAAUUACCGGGUCACCGCCGUCAAUCAGUCCUGCCUCUCCAACAGUUCCAAAAUCAAAAUCAAAUCGUUCAAAACUGAUCAAGAUCAUCGCAAGCAGUGUAGGAGGGUUCGCAUUGCUUCUUCUAAUCUUGGGAUUCUUAAUAUGCUUCAUCUGCUUCCGCCGCCACCGAAAAGAGGAGCCACCGGAGGCGAGGAGUAAAGGAAUUGGCGCUACAGAAGGUACUAGAGCAGAGACAGGGGAGGGUAGUGGCAUAGGAGGUAAUAACGGUGGAAAACAAGGGGGUUUUUCAUGGGAAGGUGAGCGUCUAGGGACUCUGGUGUUCCUUGGUGCAGGAGAUCAGCAAAUGAAUUACAGCUUGGAGGAUCUAUUGAAGGCAUCGGCAGAGACACUGGGGAGAGGUACGAUGGGGAGCACAUACAAAGCAGUGAUGGAGUCCGGGUACAUCGUGACCGUUAAAAGACUCAAGGACGCGAGAUAUCCAAGGAUGGAGGAGUUUGGGCGACAGAUGGAUAUUCUUGGUACACUCAGACACACUAACCUGGUCCCACUCAGGGCUUAUUUCCAGGCUAAGGAGGAACGGUUGCUCGUAUACGAUUACUUCCCAAACGGCAGCCUAUUCUCCCUCAUACACGGAACAAGAACUGGAGGUGGGGGAAAGCCUCUUCACUGGACAUCGUGUCUCAAAAUAGCAGAGGACUUAGCAACCGGACUGCUCUACAUCCACCAGAAUCCUGGAUUAACCCACGGAAAUUUGAAAUCCUCUAAUGUUCUUCUAGGGUCUGAUUUCGAGUCCUGCCUGACAGAUUAUGGUCUCACCUCAUUCCAAGAUCCAGACUCAGUGGAAGAACCCAGCGCCACUUCACUCUUUUAUAGAGCUCCUGAAUGUCGUGACAUCCGGAAACCACCCACGCAGCCAGCCGAUGUCUACAGCUUUGGUGUCCUACUCCUGGAGCUCCUAACAGGGAAAACUCCCUUCCAGGACCUUGUUCAAGAACACGGUUCAGACAUUCCAAGGUGGGUUCGGUGUGUCCGUGAGGAAGAGACUGAUUCUGGGGAUGACCCCGCUUCAAGUAACGAUGCAUCAGAGGAGAAACUUCAGGCUCUUAUAAACGUUGCAAUGGCAUGUGUCUCGAUUGCACCAGAUAACCGGCCUGUAAUGAGGGAGGUUCUUAAGAUGAUUAGAGAUGCAAGAGCAGAGGCUCAGGUUUCAUCUAACAGUAGUGACCAUUCACCUGGAAGGUGGUCGGACACGGUUCAGAGCUUGCCUAGGGAAGAACAUUCGAGCAUAUGAGUGGUUAAUAAAUUUGGCGGCUUCUUCAGUUUGUAAGUACUGAUUCUUUUGGAUCAAUUCUUCAUUCUUGAGAGUAGGCAGUGUAGGGUGCACUAAUGUAAAGCAUUUGAAUUUAUUUUUGGUUCCUCAUUUUCUUGUGUUUAGUAGCUAGGCAUGUCAUCUCCAAUUUGGCAUU